AUGCCAGACAGUGGCAAACGCCCAACCCAAGCAGGGGCCCCAGGACACCGCAACACAAAGAACAACGCUACCGACACUGGAUCCGACACUCUGUCCAGCACGCCGCCACAAAGGGAGCACAAGGCAAAGACAAAGCACGCAGUGGGCCACCGAUUAUACGGCAGGGUCCCCAGCACCCGGGCGCUCCAGAAGCUGAAGGCGCACGCAGGCGAGCGCGAUGCGAGCAAACACCUCCGGCGCCAGACAUCAACACCAGGGAGUCCCACGACGCCAACGAUGCAGGGCAUAGACGAGCCCAAAUUCCCGCGCAGUGAAACCGCAGCGCCCACCCGCCCCAGCACCCUCCGCCGCAACAAGUCGCACGCCGAAGUCAAGAAGGCCAAAGUCGCCACGGCCAUGAAGCGCUCCGCAAGCCAUACAAGUAUCAUCCACCAGAGCAAGUCCAGCGUACAUUUCGACCUCGCCAACACUACGACUAACGGCGACGACCACGACGACGGCUGGACCGAAGCAAGCGGCUCCGCCUCCCCGUCCCUCUCCCGCGCCAACUCCGUCGCAGGCGCCUCCUGCGGCCGCAACUCCGCCAGACCCCCCGCGAGCGUGGCGAACUCUAUACCCCCCUCCCUCGCCGCCUCGCCGGCGAAACUCCGCGUCGACGCCCGCGACUGGUCGAAGCACGAGAGGACACACAGCGCGCCGGACGCGCACCAGAUUACCUCACGGCUCCUGCAGCGCACGCCCUCGCUCGGCGCGGCACCCAAGAUGUCUACUGUGUCCGCGACGGCGGUGGCCCCCGGGACCUCGCAAGUCAGCGACCUAGUACCCAGCUCUGGAUCCGCAACUCCACACACCGACUCGCACAAAUCGGAGCUGAUAUCACGCUUCAAGGGGUCCGGAUCAGGGACACCCGGCGACACCUCACCCUUCCUACAAUCCCACCAUCCUACAUCUACAAAGAAAGCCGAGGCGGCCAAUGGCGCCGCAACGCAGGAAUCGGAAGCCGCAAAUUUCGCCCUCAACAGCCGCCGCGCAAACUCAAUGUCGAAUCUCAAAGCCCGCGGCAUCGAGCCCGACGACUCCUCCGACGACGACCGCGCCCUCGCGCCCCGAGGCCGGAAAUCAAGCACCCACUACAUCCCCCCCCAGCAAUCACGAACACAGCAGAAACUCUGGCUCCAGCGCGCGUCCUCGAAUAUCGAGCCCGCGCAGCUUGCGCCUGCUGGGGCGCUGGGACUGGGUCUGGGGGGGUUGCCGGUGGGAAUGGGCAUGGGAAUGGGCAUGGGGCUUAAUGUGCAUGCGUCGCCGCUGGUGGGGAGUAUUGGGAGUGGAUACGGCCCUGAGGGCGGGGCGGGGGAUCCGAGGAUUAGGAUGCAGCUUGAGAAGACGGGGUCGGCGUUUAUGGUUGUGAGGAGGCAUCAGGAUCCGAUUGCGAAGAGUGUGAGGAGGUUGUUGGUGUUGCCGGGAGGGGAGAAGGGGAGGAGGAUUCCGGGGACGGGGAGGGUGAAGGCGGGGAAGAGGGUGGGGCUUAGUCAGAGUCUUAGGGAGGGGAGGUCCAAGGGGGGGCUGCCGAGUGGGAGUUUGGAGGAUGCGAGGCCCGGGGGGAGUUUUGAGGAGGGGAGUCCGGUGGGGAGUGUGCAGAGUGGCGGGGGGGAUGAUGGGUUGGCGGCUAUUUUGAGGGGGUUAUGGGAGAAGGGGCCGGAGUUGAGCUCGAGUAGUUGAGGAGGCAGAAGGGGGGGUGUGGUUUCUUGGGGGAAGGAGUAAGCGCUGGGCAGGGAUGGCCGGAAUUUGGCAGGGCGCGGCUGCUGCUAUAGGCGCCCUCUACCUCCUCUUGGGGAGAGUACCGGAAUACGCAUACAGAAUCGUAUGGGAUCUCUGGUGGCCGGGACUUCUCACUUUUGGCGCAACAGAGUAGAAGGCUGAGCAGUAGAAUCCAGUAUAUGGAA